AUGUCUACCAAGGUCAGCAAUGCCACGACAGAUAUACAACGGACGGACCAGCCUGUGUACCAGAGGAAGCGUUCGGCUUCCAAGACACAAAGCAAUUACAACUCUGUGAAUAAUAGUGCCUUAUAUUCAGGGUCGUCGCUUUCAGGUCAGCCUGAGCCCCACGAGAGUGAUCCACAGCCUCCACGCUUGCAGAAAUUUGCCCACGUUGUAAAGUUUGUGUCUCCUGAUCAAUCACCGUCAGAAUUUGUCAAGAUCUUGAAUGUUCCCCUCGCGCCGGAGUCUCUCAAGAUUGGCCGUCAGAAUGUGCCCAAAAUCACAAAUAAAAUAACAGAUGGGUACUUUGACUCGCGUGUUCUUUCUAGAAAUCAUGCUGAGCUGUUUAUCAAGGAUAACAAACUGUACAUUAGAGAUCUAAAGUCGUCCAAUGGAACAUUCAUUAAUGAUGAGAAACUAGAGCCACACAAGGAAUAUGAGCUGAAACUAGGCGACAAGUUAGACCUCGGAACCACGCUAGAGUCCCAAGUGGCACACAAGAAGAUCACAUGCAAGGUGGUGGAAUUGACAUACAUGAGCCUAGAGGAUUAUGAAAAUGUCAUCAGCCAAACUUUGAGUAAAGGCGAUCAAGAAAGCAAGAAAUUAGAGCUAUUUAACAGUUCAUUAGAUGCUCUGAUUUUCAGCGACGUAAUAGAGGAGCAAGAAGAUUUAGUGCUGGAAUCACUUAUGGAUGAAGUCGCCCAAGUUGAAAAGAAAGAGACACCGAAGAAGAAAGAGGAGGACAAAAUCGUGACUAACUUGAAUAUCAAGCAGUCAGCCAAGCUCGAUGAUGUGGUACGAAAACUCAUCAUAUCGAUUAAUAACGAGUACAUACAACAGCAGAGGCUUCGAGAGAUUUCAAAGUUCAUGAAGAAUUAUACACAGUAUACUCCAAAAGCUUUUGCUUUGGGACAAAGUGACUCAGAUGAGCGCGUUAAGGAUUUAGAGGAGGAGUUGAUAAGCCUAAGAGAGCAGCUAGCAGUUGCUCGUGCCAGUGAAACAGAUGCCGCAGUGGCAGUCAAGGAAAAAGAGGAAGCUCAUUCAAAAGUGCUGAAAGAAUUGGAAAACGCUAAGUGCAGACUCGGUUCGGUUCUAGACGAAUUAGAGAAAGAGAAAACCAUGAAAAUGCAGGCGCAAAAGGAAAUAUAUUCUUUAGGGCUCAAGGUGGAAGAAUUGACGCGACAAUUAGAGAGUUCCAAAGAGGUGUCUCCGUUGCCGACUGAGCCUUUGCCCCGAGCUGAAACGCCGAAACUUGAGGAUGAAAUGCAUAAUCAGAAACCCGAUGAUAUACAGACAAACGUCGAAAAGCCGCUUACCGUGCAACGUCAAUCCCAUACUAUUCCAAUAUUUGUUGCCUCUACAAUGAUGAUCGCCCUGACCAUUGCAUUAUUAUUUAAGUAUGAUCCCACUAUUGUUUCGUGGACCUCAAACUAA